UAUGCGGGCAGUAUUCUCUUCUUGGCCUCUCUCGCAUUUGCGAAGACCUCUCUCUGCGCCAGCUUCCUUGCGCUUUCCCCGGACGAGCGACAUCGUAAAGUGACGUACAGUCUCGGUGGUCUAAUAAUACUCUGGGCAAUAUCAUCAAUUUUCACAGCAGUGUUCCAAUGUGGGCCAAAACUCCCAUGGAAUACUGAUCAUAGCAAGUGCAUCAAUGAGAAAGCAUUUCUCGAAUAUUCGGGCGCCACAAACGCACUGACAGAUCUCCUCCUAGUCUGCCUCCCAGUCUGGAUAAUCUACCCUCUCCAAAUGCCCAUCAAAACGCGCUUAACUGUGAUAUCUUUCUUCAUAUCGAGAAUCUUGGUCAUCGUAGCAACAAUUUUCCAAAUGAUCUACACCCGCCGUCUCUUCACCCACAACUGGACCCACGCAUCGGUGACAUACCUGCUCUGCACGCAGAUUCUCCAACUCCUUAGUAUCUCAACCGUGUGUGUCGCGUACUUUUGGCCGUUUAUGAAAAGUUUGAGAUCGGGACUUAUG